GCCUGGCGGCCUCCUGGAUACCGGACGCUGGGGGGCGGGGCUCACCCCUUGCCCUUGGGAUCCCCCCGGCUCCACCAAUCAGCGAGCGCCCUGUUGGCCGUCCGCAGCCUCCUGCGCCCCUCCCUCUCCCGCCGGCCUCCGCGUCCCAGAAUCCAAGAUGGCGGGAUCCAGGGGUAGGGGUCCCCAGGCCAGAGCGCGGCCGUUUUUCUGCGUCCUGUUGCUGUCGCUCAGUCGCCUCGUCGGGGGAGAUGGCGUGGGAGGAGACCCCGGCGCCGCAGGCACCCCGGCCGCGCAGCCACAUCGCCGUUUCGAGUAUAAAUACAGCUUCAAGGGGCCGCACCUGGUGCAGAGCGACGGGACCGUGCCGUUCUGGGCCCACGCGGGGAAUGCUAUUCCAAGUUCAGAUCAAAUUCGAGUAGCACCAUCUUUAAAAAGCCAAAGAGGGUCAGUGUGGACAAAGGCUAAAGCAGCCUUUGAGAACUGGGAAGUUGAGGUGACAUUUCGAGUGACUGGAAGAGGUCGAAUUGGAGCUGAUGGCCUGGCAAUUUGGUAUACAGAAAAUCAAGGUUUGGAGGGCCCUGUGUUUGGAUCAGCUGAUAUGUGGAAUGGUGUUGGAAUAUUUUUUGAUUCUUUUGACAAUGAUGGAAAGAAAAAUAAUCCUGCUAUAGUAAUUAUAGGCAACAAUGGACAAAUCCAUUAUGAUCACCAAAAUGAUGGUGCUAAUCAGGCUUUAGCGAGUUGCCAGAGGGACUUUCGUAAUAAACCCUAUCCUGUCCGGGCAAAGAUUAGCUAUUACCAGAAAACAUUGACAGUAAUGAUCAAUAAUGGCUUUACACCAGACAAAAAUGAUUAUGAAUUUUGCGCCAAAGUGGAAAACAUGAUUAUCCCUGCACAAGGACAUUUUGGAAUAUCUGCUGCAACUGGAGGUCUUGCAGAUGACCAUGAUGUCCUUUCUUUUCUGACUUUCCAGUUGACUGAACCUGGAAAAGAGCCGCCUACACCAGAUAAAGAAAUUUCAGAAAAAGAAAAAGAAAAGUAUCAGGAGGAAUUUGAGCACUUUCAACAAGAAUUGGAUAAAAAAAAAGAGGAAUUCCAGAAGGGCCACCCUGACCUCCAAGGGCAACCUGCGGAUGAAAUAUUUGAGAGUAUAGGAGAUCGUGAGCUAAGACAAGUCUUUGAAGGACAGAAUCGUAUUCAUCUUGAAAUCAAGCAGCUGAACCGGCAGUUAGAUAUGAUUCUUGAUGAACAGAGAAGAUAUGUCUCUUCCUUGACGGAGGAGAUCUCUAAAAGAGGAGGAGCAGGAACCCCCGGGCAGCGUGGGCAGAUCACUCAGCAAGAACUGGACACUGUUGUGAAAACUCAGCAUGAGAUUCUGAGACAAGUAAAUGAAAUGAAGUAA